CUUGUAACUAUCUUCUAUGUCAAGGCGGUAGAAAUAUUUUUGAAGACUUUGCUAAACACUUAUUUCGAGAGAUAUAAAUGGUUCAUGGCAGUGUCACCAGCUAUGGAAUCAACGACUCCUGACGGUGGGCUUACACUUGAGGAACUAAACCAAAUUGAGGUUCAAAGACGGUUAGCUCCUAUGAUCUACCUGGGAAUUCUCAUGCUGCUUGGUGUUCCAGGAAAUCUAACAGUGUUGUUCGUCUAUUUGUUCAAAUUUGACAGCAGUACCCACAGAACCUUCAUCGUGGCUUUAGCCAUUAUAGACCUGGUGGGGUCUGUGGUUUGCAUGCCUUUUGAGAUUAUCGAAAUGAACUUUCAGUACACAUUUUAUGCAGUAGGAGCAUGUAAGUUUUUCCGAUUUAAUAACACCGUCGUGGCUUUGACUUCAGUUUUCUUAAUAAUUGGAUUAUCAUUCGACAGAUACAGAAGAGUGUGCAGGCCGCUCAAAACUCAGAUGUCUGUAUUUAAAGCAAAGGUUUUCUGUUGCGUAGCUGUGAUAAUAGCUAUUUUAUUUUCAUGGCCGGUUUUCUUCCUGAUUGGAACAAGACAUGUUCGGCUUCCAUACAACGUGACUGGUUACGAUUGUUCAACAGACGACAGGUAUAAAAACACAAUUUACCCUGUAGUUCUCAAUGGGGUCCUUUUCCUGUUGUUCGUUUUUGCAAUUAUAUUUCUGACUGUGAUUUACAUCCUCAUUGGUAAAAAGGUCUUCAAACACAUUAGGUUUCGUACCUCAAUCGAAACCACCAGCUUGUCAUCAAUUUCCUCGAAGAAAACCUCUUCUACUUCACUGCAAAGCAACGGACAACAAGCCGUGGUUCUACAAAAAAUCUCAAACAUAGCUUCACAGUCUGGGGAUCUCACGCCCAAACACUCGGAUUAUACUGUAAAGUUCAACCCGGCAAAACAAAGUCAGACUAAAGGAGACCCUCGGUCAAAAACCAAAAUCACCAGAAUUGCCUUUGCUAUUUGCCUGGCUUUCAUCUUAAGCUAUCUUCCACACUUGGUUAUCACCGUAUGGACAGCCAUCAAGGGCGGGUUUAUCGCCAAACCUGGACCAGUAACUUCAGCUGUGUUACCUAUAGUGACAAGGUCCAUCUUCAUUAACAACGUAGUAAAUCCCCUCAUUUACGGUUUUCUGGACAGGCGGUUUAAGAGAAUUGUUCUGAAAAGUCUUUGUAAGAGAAGCAAAUGGAAUAUAGGGGAUGCUCAUUGAAACAUUGUUAUGAGAUUGAGAGAUUUAUUCUGGUAUUAUAAUACUAUGUGAUUAUAUAUAUAUUUGUUAUAUCUUUAAAAUUGUUUUCUAUAUAAUUCUAUACUAAAAACAAAAAAGUCUUACAUUUCCAAUGGUUUACUGAGCGGUCAUAAAAAAUCGAUGUUUGACCGCAGAGCGAGAUAUUGGACCUGUCGAUGAGAUGUUGGACCGCUUACGUCACAGUGUGGGCGGGGUCAGCUGUAUCUUAUUUGCAUUCGUUGGCGUUCGACAGAACUUUACGGAAUUGACCAAAUUAAACCGCAGUGCGGAUAAACAAAAUUUACAUCAUGUUAUGUCAAAAUAAAAAGUAAAAGGUAUAACAAAACAUUUAUUGACUGUGUUCUCGGGCAAAAUGCGUUUUUUUCGACCCCUCGAACCAAACUGUUUCCCUUCGGCCUAACGGCCUCAGGAAAACAGUUUGGAUCUUGGGUCCGACAAAACGCAUGUUGCCCUCGAACCCAGUCAAUAAAUGUAUAAUAUUGAAUAAAUUAUAAAAUAUG